AUGAAAGAAAGCGACAUUUUAUUUAUCGCUUCUAUGGCAUGCACUCAAUGGGAUAAAUUGUCUCCGAACGAGUUUCAGCAGCUUCAAGAUCUCGCUAGCUAUUCGAAUAAGAAAUUGGAAAAUGUGCUGGAAGAAUUUUGCGGACCUGAAUCGACUUAUAAAUUUAAUCAAGAUGACGAUAUUGACUUUGAGGGCUUCCAAAAGUUUCUCGAUCUGUUUUUGGACUGUGAUACUCCAACAGAACUCUCCAAGCAUCUCUUUUUGUCUUUCCUACGACCCUAUCAAUCCCAGAUAACAGGUAAUAGCACUUUGAGUUGUAUGGCAGCUAUAAGUAGUAAUACAGCAUGCGCUCCUGUUACAUCACAUAACACUAGAGGUAUUUUUGCUUUCUGUCAUCCAUUCUCCUAUCUCCCUCAUUUCUCGGUUACAGAUAUUAAAUUAAUGCCCAGGAAACAAUCAUUUUUGGAUCCAUUAACCAUGAAAGUUCCCUUGAAAGACGUAGUAUGUUAUCUAUCUUUACUCGAGGCAGGACGUCCGGAAGAUAAAUUGGAAUUUAUGUUUAGAUUAUAUGACACCGAUGGAAAUGGAGUGCUUGACAAAGGCGAAACUGAUGCAAUCGUCAACCAAAUGAUGUCAGUUGCAGAAUAUUUGGGAUGGGAUGUAUCUGAGUUGAGACCUAUACUUCAAGACAUGAUGACGGAAAUCGAUUACGACUGCGAUGGUUGUGUGUCGCUUGACGAGUGGAAACGUGGUGGAAUGACAACAAUCCCACUUUUAGUCUUGCUAGGAGUUGACAACACUCUUAAAGAAGAUGGUUAUCACGUAUGGAGACUCAAACAUUUCUCUAAACCAGCUUAUUGCAAUCUCUGCUUAAACAUGCUGGUUGGCUUGGGAAAGAAAGGAUUGUGCUGCACACUAUGCAAGUAUACAGUACAUGAGAGAUGUGUUCAAAGAGCUCCUGCUUCCUGCAUCACAACGUACGUGAAAUCAAAGCGAACCGGUUCGUUCACACAUCAUUGGGUUGAAGGAAAUUGUUAUCGAAGUUGUUCAAAGUGUAGAAAACGAAUAAAAGCUUACGUCGGCUUAACGUGUCGAUGGUGUCAGAUGACAUUGCACAAUCGAUGUGCGAACAACGUGAAGCCGGAAUGUAAUCUCGGAAAGUUUGCUAAUUUCAUUUUACCACCUACCUCUAUCUGUCCCGCUGUUUUGGAUCGUCAAAGAUCGUCUAGUGUCACAAAUAUUAAGUCAAAGGCUCCACAACCAAUUCACUUUCAAAUAACUUCACCAUCUCCCACUGCCACGCCGCUUCUCGUCUUCAUCAACCCAAAGAGUGGCGGUCGCCAAGGCGAAAAGCUUUUAAGGAAGUUUCAAUAUCUUUUGAAUCCGCGUCAGGUGUACGAUUUGAGUAAGGGAGGGCCACUUGAAGGACUUACAAUGUUCAAAGAUCUUCCAAACUUUAAACUUAUUUGUUGUGGAGGCGACGGCACAGUCGGCUGGGUGCUUGAAGCAAUGGAUUCUAUAGAAAUGAAAAGUCAGCCUGCGGUCGGUGUGAUUCCUUUAGGAACAGGAAAUGACUUAGCGCGUUGUUUACGUUGGGGUGGCGGAUACGAAGGGGAAAGCAUUCCAAAGCUUCUUGAGAAGCUUUCUCGUUCUGAUAUCGUGAUGAUGGAUCGCUGGAACAUAAGUAUAGAAGCUAAAAGUGAUAAAGAAGAAAAUCUCACAAUUCCUUCACAUAAAGUAUUAAAGGUAACGUUAUCAGAGAACGUACAAAGAGUAGUUGAACUGUCUCAAAGGAUAGUUGUCGAAAAAUCUGUGAUAAAUCAAUACGAACAAGUUCAAAAUCAUAUGAAGACCUCAGAAAUAUCAAUUGAAAAUUCUAAGCGUGUUGUAUUAAGUGACAAUAACUCAUCUUCCACAUCAAUGGUAAUCGAGAAGAGCAAACAGAAAUUGACCGAAUCGAAUGGAAUGGUGCAGAAUUGUGAGAAGUUCAGUGGAAAGGAAUGCACUGUGGAGAAUAAUAUGAAAGACUGUGAGGCAGGAAACUCCAUUAAGCCGAAGACCAGCAGCAGCUGUAACGAUCUCAUGAUGUUAACUCAAUCACAAAUGAAAGUUAAACCGACAGAUAUUGAACAAACUGCAUCUGUGGCGGACUUUACAAUACCAUACAAUAUUAUAAACAAUUAUUUCUCAGUUGGCGUCGAUGCUGCUAUUUGUGUGAAAUUUCAUUUGGAGCGUGAAAAAAAUCCACACAAGUUCAAUUCACGAAUGAAGAACAAGUUGUGGUAUUUUGAGUAUGCUACGAGCGAAACGUUCUCGGCGACUUGUAAGAACCUUCACGAGUUCGUUGAGCUGACAUGUGAUGGCGUUCAAUUAGACUUAAAUGGUGUUCCGUUACAAGGAAUUGCCUUGCUGAAUAUUCCGUAUACUCAUGGCGGUUCAAAUCUGUGGGGUGAGAAUCUAUCACAGAAAAGAAUUCGUCGCAGCACGUCAACAUCCGGUCCAUUUAAACGCUUAAAGAAACUUCGAACUGGCGAUAAGGAGUUUUCAUCUCAUAGCUUCAAUUCUGUCGACUUAUCAAUUGCCAUUCAAGAUAUUGGCGACCAUCGAAUUGAAGUAAUCGGAUUGGAAAACUGUCUCCAUAUGGGCCAAGUUAGGACGGGAUUGAAAGCGUCAGCAAGACGUUUGGCACAAUGCAGCGAAGUUAUUCUGACAACAAAAAAGACUUUUCCCAUGCAAAUCGACGGUGAGCCGUGGAUGCAAGCACCUUCAGUUAUUAAGAUUACACAUAAGAAUCAAGUCCCAAUGUUAAUGGCCCCGAAGUCAGAGCGUGGCAAAGGCUUCUUUAACUUUCGCUUUUGGCGAAGAUGACUAGAACAAGAAGACGUUGCCGAUGAUAUUGAUUAGCUUUAUCUAUAUAGAUGAUGUAAGAGAAAAAAAAAACCUUUUAUGUAGGUAAUAUGAAUCCUAAUGAAUAAGAAAAAAAUCCUGUAAGGAGAAAAAAUAAGAAAGCUUUAAACUACUUUAUAAAAGGAAACGCUUAAAAGCUUUAAACAUUUAUCAUGAAUUUACUCAUUCAUAUUUAUGUAUAAAUAAUAAAUAAGAAUCGAAAACAAUGUUUUACUACCUAUCUACAUACUUCUAUUUAUAAGAUGCGCUUUUGGGCACAACAGUUUCAUUUUCACAAUUCCCUAAUCUUUCUCAAAAGUCACAAAGAAAAUAUUUAAUUUACGCCAUGGGGAAAGAGAAGUUUUCUUUUAUUCCCUCGAAAACACAUUCUUUUGAAAAUAUCUCGACAAAGGAAGCAGAAAGUUCAGAAAAUAUUCAUUCUCUGCCCAAAGUCCCAAAACUCGUUAUGUAAAGGAAAUUCACUUAUCAUGGGCGUUCUCCAGAAAUUACGUAAAAUUUCGACAAAUUUAAAAACGUAAACUCUUCUUACCUUCAAUGGAUGUUAUGAUGAAAAAAACAAAACAGAAAGAAAUGAAAAAUACGCAAAUUUGUAAUUAAAACUUUUCCCAUUUAACGUUUUACUUAAUAUCCACAAAGAAUGAAUACAAAUAAAUAAGAGUAAAGUAACCAACCUCAUGUGUUGUUUGUAGCUCAAACAUCAAUCUCAAUGUUUAUUCUAAGGUCGCAUAAGAAGUAUCAUUUCAUUUACUUGUAAGUAAGUAAGAAAUGUAGAUUAGUUAAUUAUCAUCCUUGAUGGAAUUUUAGUUGAUUAUCAUGCAUAAAUUAAAACACUUGUCCAGUAAAAGUUAACAAAGCGAAAAAAAAAUGAUAUUGAAAUUGAAAUAAUAUUUUAAUGCAUAGUAAAGAUAUCAAAAUGAAUAAUAAAUAAAUUAAAUAAAUAAAUGAAUAUUAUACUCGAUUGAUGAAAUGAAGAAAACCAUUUUAAAUCACAUAUUUUUCUCGAAUACUUAACAAAUGCAUAUCAAAACUUUGAUGAUGACCAUUUCAAAGUACUUAAAGUAUUGAAUGUUUCUAAUUUCUACUCAAUUUCGAUUGAAAAAAAAGAAGUAUUAAUUAUUAAACAAUUGAGAAGAGAAAAAGAAAUUAAAAAUGAAGUUGAAUAGAAAAAAAAAUCCCAACAUUCCAGUUACAUAUUCAAUAAAAGAAACUUCAUAAAGGCCUAAUUGAAAAGUUUAUUCGGCAUCAACGACUUGAUAGAUUAAUUUCCGUUUUUAAAUAAAGCUCCAGACAGUAAAAUGCUUGCUGAAAUAUUCAUGAACGUAUAACGCUUUUCAAUGUGUGUCUUAAAAGAAUAUUUUCAUGCUAGAUUUAAUUUAUUUAAUUAUUUGUACUGUCAAACUUGAUGUUAUAUUUACUAAUAUCGUCUUUUCUUUUAUCAAAAAGGAACAGUUGAUAUUUUACUUACGAACAUGAAAAGAAGAAUAGAAAACUUAUAUACAGAUGUCAUGAACUUUAUACUCAUCCUUCGGCCAUGAAUUGUUUGAAGAUUAGACUUUUAAGCGACAUUAAGAGACGCUCGAAAAUAAACAACAGUAUUCAAAAGUUAUCAUCUAGAUAUUCAUCUCAUAAUUCAACACAAGCAAACUAAAAUUUCUAUAAGUAACUGUUUAUGAUGAUGAUGAGUGUCUACAUAAAAUGAGAGUAAACAAAAAAGCUUUAAGUUAUCCCAAUUUAUGUUAUACUCAAUGAUGAACUUAAAGUAUUUAAAUUAACGUACUAAAUGUUGAGAAAGCUUUCUGGCGUGAAUUAAGUAAUCGAUGAACUUUUUGUUAUGUUAACCCAAUUUAACGAGAAACUAACAUUGAUUGUCAUCUUGUAUGAAAAUAAAAAAUAUUUUUAUUUUCCACAGUGUUCUAAAAAUA